AUGUCAUUUCACCAAAUACUCUUAAAGCUUGGUCUUACUGACAAAUACCCUGGAAAAAUAACUUUACAAGAGGUUACAACAGUUGAUAUUAACGAAGCAAACGAAGUCGACGAGCAAAGCAUUACAUUAGCUGAUAUUCCUUGGAUGAUGCUUAAACGAUUGAUAUGUGCACACGCUGAAGCCAGAGAUAUAAGAGUUACAGACGAGGACAGUAUGGAUUUAGACACAAUGGCAUUUAUUUCUGAAUCAUCUGAGAAUAGCCAAGAUAUUAGUCCAUUAGAUAUAUUCAUAGUUGUAUUUCAGUGUUGUGACCCAUUUUUGAAGCAAAUAUUUUUUCAGAAAUUAUAUCUUUGCAAGAUUGCCGUUCCUUUCCUUUACAAAAGUUGGACAACUAAAGGAUUACAUCAGCAAAUGUUGUCAGUGUGGCCUUUACGAUCCCUAGCGAUCGAAACCCAGGUAUCAUCUGGCGAUAGUAAAUCAAAAUAUAAAGAGGCCGAUGUGCUUGAAUUGACAACUCAUUGUUUAGCUUUUGCAAGGUUUGGUCGUCCAAGAUAUUCCAAAUCAAAAUUACUAAAUAGUCUUCUAUCCCGUCAAGGUUGUAAAACAUUCUUUAACAUUGACUGUCCUUCAGGAAUGACACCAAAGUGUUUAAGUGACGGACAUAUUGAAAUGUUUUGGUUACCAAAGGUCGGGGGUAAUAAAGACCAAUUUCAAGAACCUAUGACAUUUCUGAACAUGAGAGGAGAUAUUAAAGGAAACUUUAACGUUGACACUCUGAAUUUCAUCGCAAGUUUUGUUGAUACUGUUGCGAUAAUUAUCGAUUCAGAAUCAAUUUUGAAACAGGCACUAGAAGUAAAAGGUGUUUUAUUCAACUUUUCCUCUAUUAUACUAAUCAUUUCAAACCCUCUCAGACCUGUCAUACAAUGGAUUGAAAAUUUUAAAAGUGAGAUAAUUUCUUCGAAACUAGAUAUAAGUCUGCGCGUUAUAAGUACACACAAGGGCGUUGUCGAACAAAAUGUUGUCGAUAUGGUAUCUUGUUUAUCUAAAUGUAUUACGAUCCAGAUGAAAUCGGCUAAAACUAAAUCAUAUCAAGAGCGCUUGUCUUCUUAUAAAGCUAGUUGCACAAAAUAUGAAAACAUCAAAACCGAUGAAGACGACCAAUAUUUCCAAAGUAGUAAACACAAAGCAGAAAAGUUUGUAAAUCAGAUGAAAUUAGAGAGUGAUGCACAUCACUGGAAAAAAGCUGUUACCCCUGUUCAUUGCAAAUAUUCAGGGCAGUUGGGAACACUAAUGAAAAAACGCGAAAGAAUGGGAAACUUGGAUGAAGUCAAUAAAAUAGACUGCACAAUGAAGACCAUUCGUCAACAUCAAAUACGUGCAAUCUCCAAACCUAUUAAACAGUUUUUAGAUAUUUUAACGAGAGAGUCUCACGGCGAACUUAAAAUACUUCUCUGCUGGUUACACUUCUAUAUUGAGCGAGAAAAAAGACUUAUCAUGCACCAUCUUAAACAAGAAAGCUGCUGUGCAUGGGAAAACCUCAAAACCUUAAAAAGCGCUGAAAUCUUGAUCCCGUCUGACAUUAAACGACAGGAAAACUUAAUUAAUGACUUAGAAAUGAAAUUGGAUGAAGCAUCAUUCUCUGUUGAGCAUUUGUUUCGUGAGACAGGUCAUAUAUAUGAUGCUGUUUUAACACUGAAUGAAAAUGCAUCUAAAAUUGGAUUGCCGCCAACAGACGAAAUAGCAAAUAUCACUGGCCAUCUUGUUGCUGACGGGCAUCAAUUAGAAUUGAUUGAUGGGGAAAGUUUUUAUAUGCCUUACAAAUGGACGAGCACUGUAUUAAGAUAUGUAAAUGAAUAUAUUGGCUCUUCAAAAGUUAUGACCCUCAGUGUUCUAGGAAUACAAAGUUCCGGAAAAUCAACGCUUUUAAAUACAAUGUUUGGUUCCCAGUUUUCUACGAGAACUGGAAGAUGUACACGAGGUAUACAUGUUCAACUCAUUCCCUUGAAACCCGCCAGCUUUACAGGAAUUACGUCACCGUUUAAUUACAUUCUUAUUGUUGACACAGAGGGCCUAAGAUCACCGGAGUUAAGUCAUACUCACCAUGAGCACGACAACGAGUUAGCAACUGUAAUUACUGGUUUAGGUGACGUAACAAUGUUAAACAUAAUGGGAGAAAACCCGGGUGAAAUACGAGAUAUUUUGCAAAUUAUCGUUCAUGCAUUUCUGAGGUUGAAGAUGACAAAUAGGAAUCUCGAUAUAAGAAAAUGCUGUACAUUUAUCCAUCAAAAUGUUCAAGAUAGUUCGGCAUCAGAAAAUAUGAUGAGCGGCUUAAAUACAUUGAUGAAGAAGCUGGAUGAAAUGACACGAGAAUCUGCUAGAAGUGAAAACAUUCUUGAUAUUACUUCAUUCAAUCAAGUUAUUGAAUUUGACAUUAAGUCGCAAGUCUGGUACCUGAAAAAUCUUUGGCAAGGCAACCCACCAAAGGCUCCAGUAAAUACUGAAUACAGUGAAAGGGUUGUCGAAAUAAAAUGUAAGGUUUUGUACAAAGCACUAACAAUGAAAAAUAAAUCUUACAAGGCUUUAACUGACAUCAUUGACCAUGCACAUAGUUUGUGGAAAGGUGUUUUAAGUGAAGAUUUCGUAUUUUCCUUCAGGAAUAGCCUAGAAAUCAGAGUUUAUAUGGAAAUGGCAAAAGUUGUUCAGGAUCAAUUAUGGCAUCUCGAAAGCUUUAUUCAUAAAAAGUUAAAUGCUAUAUCGCAGAGCAAAUUUGCAGGCUGUGACCAAGAGUUUAAUGUACGAAGUGUAGCAGAGAAACUCAUCAUUGACUUAAACGGCGUCCUUGCUGAGGAAAAAAGUAAAACUGAAAUUAUCAUCGCGGCAUAUUUUGAGGACAACGAAUACAAAGACAUAACAGUUCAAUGGAAAGAAAGUCAGCAACGUCAAAUUGACAGCUGCUGUUUAGAAUUAGAACAAAGAAUAAGAGAAGAAAUAGAAAAGAGACGAGUAAAGAGAUCGGUAGAAAUUCUUACUGUUGCCAGCCGUGAAAUACAUGAAGAAGAACUUAGGAAAAUGUCUAUGGCCGUUGCAAAUAAACACAGAGGUAUGCAAUUAUCUACAAACAAAAUUACACAGCUUUUUGGUAAUAUUUGGAUGUCAUUUAUUAACAAAAUUUCAUACACGACAGAGAAAAAUAGGAAAAAUAUGAAAGAUAUCUUUGAAAACUGUCUCAAAAAUGAUCUUUUCAAGCAAAAACACAUAUUAUUAAACGAAUCAUUGAAACGGAGUUCAUGUCUGACGCCACUACCAAGUUUGAAGAAAUUGGAAGGAUCGUUUAAGUUAACUGGAAUAAACGAUACAGACAUCAGUUUCAAAUGGCCACAAAAACUUAUAGAAUUCGGAAAAGAGCUACUUGGGAUUAAGAACACUAUUAUGAAGAAUGUAGCUGAAAAUGUAAAUCAAAUAUUUGCAACUGCUGACGACAAAAUAAAACAGUUUCGUCAGGUUAAAGAUGAAAUCACAGAAAUGAGUGUCAAUAAAUUAAUGCAUGAACUUGACACCAGUAUACGUGCUAUUCUGACAGGAAAGUCUGAUUACGAUUUUAAGAUUACAUUUUAUAUUAAGUUUCAUGUACAUGUUAGCAGAUAUGCGCAUCUUGUUUUUGAAAAGCACAAUGAUGAGUAUUUUGAAAUACACGGAAUCGCUGCUCGUCUUGAACAAUACAGACAACAGCAAGAAAUCAGUUUCAGAUCACAUAUAACUAAUCGCCAAUCAGAGGACAUAGUAGCGAACCUUUUUAGUCACGUGAUCGAGGGUUUUGCUGACGCAUGGACAUCGCAAAACUUACCAAAUAAGGUAUCUGAUGAACUUUAUAGUAAACUUCCGUCAGUAAAGAAUAUGGUAAUAAUUGAAAUAUGUUCAGAGCUGUUAGACAAAGGUAGUUUCAAUCAUUUUGUAAGGUAUAUUCAAACCCCUAAGGAGUACGUACGGCUAUGGAUAAAUGAAAAUGCAAAUAAACUUCUUUUCUCUCAGGCCUCACCUGCAUACGCACGCAUAGCACACGCCUUACUAGAUAGCGUUUUCAACAGUGUUGAAACAUGCUUACAUGGUUUAAAGACCAGUUUCACUGGAAAACCAUCUCCAUCCAUGGAAAUGUGGAUACACGAUUUUCAUAUGUCACUGAAAGACGCAAAUCUUUCCAUUCCACAAGAAGAUUUUCGGAAUGUAAAACUGGAAUUAGAACAGAUAGAAAAUGUGGAAUAUCUUACAAACAAAAUCUUGGAAUAUAUGGAUGCCUCACGAAAAAACCUGUGUGCCAAAUAUAAAGACCAUAGCAGUGACUCUGUUGAAUGGUCAGACACAAAUCCAAUCGAAAGAAUAACUAAAAAAAUAUGGGGCUGUCCAGAACAGUGUGCUUUUUGUGGUGAGCCUUGCGCUAAGAAUGUGGAUCAUAGCGAUUCGGUACAUUACAGUAUACAACACAGACCGUCAUGUUGCAACGGCACGCGGGACAAGGAUACAGCUAUUGCAUUUUUUGGGGCAUGUGGAUUUUAUAUUCAGUCCAACUAUACACAUAAUUGUCCAGCCUUUAAUUACUCAUGCAAUAAAGAAACUCGAAAUGAUUGUAUUGAACGUCAUCAUUACCGAGACUACAAAAACUUUUUGCCUGAAUGGGAUAUUCCACCAUCGUCUAAUAUGCACGACACAUCAAAAUUCUGGAUGUGGUUUGUGGCGACAUUUAAAAAGGAUUUGCACAAUUAUUAUGAUUACAAGGUCGAAAAUGUACCAUCAUCAUGGGACGAAAUCACUAAAGAACAGGCAAAAGAAUCUCUUCUCAAUACAUAUUCUGUCCGAAAAUAA